AAAUAAAUACCUUCUUCCACAGUCCCACACCUUCGUCCGGAACUGUCAAUUCGCCGGAUUAAAUAAAACCCUAACCGCCACCUUACGCCCGGCAGCGUCCACCACACCACCGCCGUCUCAGCCGGAGCUGAUUUUCGUAACCUACACCAUCCAUUUUCCUCCGCCUGACCGUGUAAAUGCCAUCAACGCAUUAGGUCUGAAGUAAACUCAUCAAGAUGACUCGGUGCCUGGGGUUUGUUUAUAUACACUGAAGUGUGUGCGUGUGUGUAUAUAUAUACAUAUCAGUACAUUGAAUUCCGAAAAAAUGACAGAGACAUUAAUAAGCUACACAGCAUGCAGACACCUCUCGCAAAUGUUCUUUGCUGUAUUCUUCUUUCAUUGUUCCGAGUACAUUCUAGCGAUUUCGAUUCAUGGGAAAAACAGAGUAACCCUGAAAUCUCUUCUAGUAACCAAAGCCUAUGCUCUGGCGAUGAUCUGUUCUUUGAUAGAAUACAGUUUAGAAAUUUAUUUCUUCCCGGGAAUGAAGGAGAAUUGGUCGGUUAGCAACACGGGACUUUGCUUGGUUUUCAUAGGCGAACUUGUAAGAAAGUUGGCUGUAAUAACCGCCGGUAAGUCCUUCACUCAUCUGAUAAAGAAAUAUCACGAGGAAAGUCACGUACUGGUUACUCACGGAGUUUACGAGUAUAUCAGGCAUCCGAGUUACUUUGGCUUCUUUGUCUGGUCUGUCGGUACUCAAAUAAUGCUCUGUAAUCCAUUUUCGACGCUUGCUUUUGCUCUAGUUGUUUGGGGUUUUUUCAAACGAAGAAUACCUUACGAGGAGUUUUUCUUGAGGCAGUUUUUUGGUUCGGAGUACGAGGUAUAUGCUAGACGGACUUGGUCUGGGAUCCCGUUUAUCGAGUGAUUUGACCAUUUUCGGGAUUUGUUUGUACCAUGAUCUUGUCUGUUAUGAUUUUGUAUUUGUAUUUGAUCUUCUGGUUAUUCUCAUUUCUCUAGUUAGAGCUAUUU